AUGGGGGACAUCAUCACGGCUCACGCACAGGGCCGGGGGCGUGAAGGAAACCCCCGCGCGGCGCGCGACCGUGAGAUGCGCAGAGUCGCGGUGGGCGUCGAGGAAUACCCGCCGAACCCGUGCGCCGCUGACGCGCUCAUCGACUGGGAGAGGCGGAUCUCGGUGGCGCUCAUGCGAAGCGUGGGAUGCCGGCUGCUGGGCGGAGGGGUUGAUUUCUUAUUCGCGAAGGAAGGGGGCAAUGACCGGGGUGUACGUGAGAACGACGAGACUGAAGGUCUUGGGGAGGUGCCCGAUUUGGGCGGCGUGAUCGUGUACAGGUAG